AUGCAACAAACAUACCGUAUUUUCAGGUCGUUGUUGGUCAUGUCUCCAGUCAGUCUACUGUUCGCCCUUGUCCUGCUCUUGACCAACGUGUUCGUGGCGCAGCCUCAAAUUGUGCCGGCGGAGGUUUAUCAAGUAAGAGGGCAUACUGUAGUUUCUAGGCGGAAGUCAAAUUGGCUCGAAAUGUUUUAUGGCUUUAGAAUCCAUAAGCUGACUCCACUGAGUUACAAAUGUAUUGAUAGGCUUCAGGUGCUCAUUUGUUGCUUUACCGUAAUUUAUGCAAAUUUUGUGAAACUAGCUGAUAGUUAUUUAAUGUUUUAUAAGAUGAAGAACUUUUUUUGAAAUUGGAUUUCAGGACAGUAACAUGUACCGUGUGGCCCGAGCGCCGGCCAUGAAGUGGAUGCGGUUCGGUAAAAGAGCGCCCCAGGGCAAGUGGAUGAGGUUUGGGAAGCGCGCGCCCCAGGGCAAAUGGAUGAGGUUCGGGAAACGUGGCGACGACCUGUCCGAUGCCGAAUACGAAUGA